AUGUCCCCAGCACCAUCAACGACGGAGAAAAGCAGUGGCCCCACUUUCGCACUCAGCUGCUUCGAAAAACUCUGGGAUGGACGUCAACGGCCCGGUCUUCCGAGCUCGGGACAUGUCAGGUACAGCGACCUCCAGCAGCUACCUGGUGGCGGAGCGCCUCGAUCUCGAAGAGCCGGCACUGCAGAGGGCCCUCUCGGGCGCUACGAGGGCCACACCUACCUGCUCACGCGGUAUAUCAGCGAUGAGCCGAUAAAGGAUGUCCUGCGCAUUUUUGGGGAACAUUUUAGAGUUCCCGAGGCACGAAAGGUCCUUCGCGAUGUCGUUCGAGGCCUUCGCGAAUCGUAUACCGACCUGGGCCUUUCGGUUGUCUAUCUCGAUGCCGAAGAGAUUUGGAUAGACAUGCGCACCGUCGCCAGCAUCGGCGUUACCUAUCUCGAUCCCGCCGUCACGGGCCAGCAGCCAUUCCGGCCCAGCGCUUUGACGGUGCCCGAAAUCAUCUUUGGCCGGGCCGUCGGCGGCGAUCUGCGCAAGGCCGACAUUUGGCUACUUGGCGUCGUUGCCGCUCAGAUCUUGUCGUCGAAAAGGCUCGAUCCGCUAGUCCCUGACUUUUCCGCGGCCGCGGCGGUUGCGGCUAGGAUUUUGAAGCAGGGCCGGACCGGAUCCGGGCUGGAGCUCCUACUGCCCGACUACAGCGACGUCCUUCCUGAGGAUCCGCAGGCGCUGGAUCCUGUGCAGCAGUGCCUUACCGUAAGCAGCGACGAACGGCCGACUCUCGAUGAGCUGUGGGCUCAUCCGUUCCUGGCGAUGGCCGAGAUGGAAAAUACUCGGUAG